CCUAACUAUUAAAACCCACAAAUAAUCCCCCCGAUAAUAUCCAAUAACUCAUAAUAAAUAAUAAACUGACAAAACUACCAAAUUAUGCAAAAGUUCAUGUUUCCAUCACAACUAGGCAGGGUCGAGCAACGUUCAUCAUGAGUUGGCCCAUUCUCUUGGAAAUCAAGGUGGGAAUUGGCAAGGAGGAAUGCUGGUGACCAUGGAGGCACAAAGGUUACUAAUGGGAUGCCAAGCAUGUUAUGUUCAAAUCUCGCAUCGCUCUCCUCGAAUUUCCCAUAUUUACUGGUCAAGAAGAGCCAUUGGGGCGGAUCUCUUAGGUUGAGAAGUAUUUUAAAUAUCAAUAUGUCAUGGAAGAGUAUUAGGUGGUGGUGGUCUCAUAAACAUGCUCGGAGAUGCGGGUUAGUGGAUCAUGUGGCUAGAAGAACAAUUCACCAAGUUCGAGAGAGUAAUGAUGUGGGAAAACUUACAAGGGGAAUUAUGGAGAAGGUAUGGAUCAACAGAUAAAUCUAUGGGGCAUGAGGCGCUAAUUAAGAUGCACCAAACAUGGUCGGUGGAUUCUUAGUAUCGAAAUAUUUUAAGAAGUUACUGAAUUGUUGGGCCCUUAUAUGGGAGGUUUGAAGCUAGAGACUGUGAACUCUAUCCAUUCUUUAAUUUCCGGGUAUGGGUCAAGUUAGUUAAUAACUAGAGAGGCUAGUUCAAGUUGCCAUUUCUGACCGCUAUUGCACUUCGGCAACCAUCACUUGACCAGGUGGGUGGAAUAUGAUAGAAAAGAGAUAGAAGCUGAAGGAAGGAGAAGAAGGUGGAGCUAGGAGCAAGGAGGCAUCUUCUCCAACCCGAAGUCUUCUUCUAUUUAUACAAUGUAGCUUUCUCCCUCCUUUAUGGAGUAGUCCUCUAAGGUACUAGAGGUUCUAAACCUCAAACCCUAUUUUUAGGGUUUACUAUGUAUAUAUGGAUAUUUAGGGUUUGAAUGAAUGAAUGUGUUUAUCUAGUUGAUUUAAUGCCACUCUUUCCUAAUGAUGAUGUUUGGGUAAGUCGCCCUUAUAUUCCCUCUUAGCCUAUUUUAUGCUACCGCGUUGGGUAUGGAAUUCUAGGGUUAGACAGGUAUGCGCCAUUUGGCGAGUUUAGGUUAGAUUUGUGAAUGGGGGCCUAUAGUGGUCGAGGCGACCGAACCCCUGCUAUAGGUAGCUUUACUAGAUGAAACCCAGGAUGCAACCUCGGAUUGGACGGUGGAUAGUGUCCAUUGAAAUGAGCCAUAAACUUAAUUCCCCAGAUACGAUAGCCUAGAUCGAGGUUACUGGAAUAUGGUUUUAGGGGAGGCGUACUUGGAGGCUUGUGGAUAACCACGAAAUCCCACAAAAAAGAGCUCACUCGCCACAUUCGAUGACCCUAACUAUCUAGAUAUACAUAGUAACCCUAAGCUAGGGGGAGGGAUAAUUCUCAGAAGUACCUGCUUUUAGCUUUGAUUAAUCUCUAGACUAGUGUUUCCUCAUAUCCUCCACUCAAAACCUCAAAAACCGAUUAACUAAUUAGCAACUAGGUGGGAAGUAGGCUAGGGUACCAGGACCCGAGUAGAAUACGACCUUAAUUACCACUACACGACAAUGUCAUUCUAGGUUAAACUUGGCCUAUGAUGGGAUAGUUGUUACGUGCUAACCUCUUACAAUAACUUGCAUGGUUAUGAGGCUAAAUAUCGCGGUCCCGAUCUUAGGUUCCAUAUCCCGCCAUCUUGCCCGUCUUUAUUUAAGUAAUGGUAGCCUCUUUAGAUCUAAGUGUGUUCAUUCUCUCACACGUUUUGAUAACUGCUAAAAUAGGUGUUAUCUAGCCUCUAUUCUCAAGGCAUUUGCAUGCUAAAUCACCGUGUCUAGGGCACAUAUCGAGUUAUUUAUGCCCAUUUUCGUUCCUAUUUGCAAAACAUCCAUUUUGUCAUAGGUAUUCUUGAUAUGAAGGUUUUCAUAGGGGAACCGACCCUAAUUUUUGGUAUUUUAUGCUUUACCAAAUGUUUGUGAUGAAAUUCCAGGUCUUAUAUUCAUUUGGGAUUGAUCUGGAAUCGAUUGGAGUUCAUACGGGCACGAUUGGGAAGCAUAGAAGCAAAAAGGGGAGAGAAAGCACUGGUCACGGCCACAGGUCACUACCCUUGACUAGGCCGUGACGAUGAUCAUGGCUUGUGAUCAUGGACGCGAUCAGUGGCCAUGAUCCCCAACAGGAAACCAAGAAGAAGGCAAAGAGUUUCCUCACCCGGAUCGCGGUCAUGGUCACGGCCAUGACCAUCAGGUCACGGCCUAGAGGCCUUGACCGUCACCAGCUUUCUAUAAAUGCCCCUCUUGCAGCACUUUUCAAAGGAGAGCCACCUUGGGUGAGAAAAUUAAGGUUUUGUAGUGCUUUAGAGAGAGAAACACCUUGGGAGAGCUCCAUUGACGAUCCAAUCAACCCAAGGAGUAAGGAGGAGGUGCAAGUAAGGAGAAGAAGCUUGAUUCCAUCAUUUCCCUCUUCUAGUUUGUAUUUUCUUCUUCUCUCUAACGACUUGAAUCUCUAAUGGUUGUUUAGGGUAGAUGAACCCUAGUUAUAGGUUUGACUUGUCCCGAAUACCACAAUAAAACUCCCAAUUAAGGCCCAAGUAUAAACCUUAAAUGGGUGCAGUAUAGGGCAAGUAUGUUUAAAUAUGGACUCAGGCCGGUCUAUGUAUCCCUACUUUGAUUGUUUGUAACAUUAUCCAGCGGAUGAUUAUUGGUGAAAACAACGAUCUAUAGCUAAAGCGUUUGCAAAUGUAAAUGGAUUUGACACUAAUUGAGAAUGCUUCACCCCGUGUGUUGCUCCCCCUAGCUAACAAUUACGACUCGAUGGAUCGAAUGAUCGUGUGUGGUGAGGGGGUUGUAAACCGUAGGGAAGUGCAAAAAGUUUCCAAGCGCAACUCUCUUGGUCUCUAUGUCGAGAUAAGGGAAUUUGAUCCAAGCCACUAACGUGACUCUCUCGACGUAUUGACUAAGGGUUGGUUAGACUUCACCCUCGAAUCGGUGUUCGGAUGACCACCCAAAACCAAAGCCUAGGUGCUAAUAUGAAAUAAGAGGUUUGCCCUACAUUAACCUAGAUAGGAGACAAUGAAUUGCCUAAGAAAACUCAUCACUCAAGCCUCUUUCAAAAAAGGAAGGGGAUUUUUUCUCUACCUAGGUUAGAAUGGCAAUUAGAUUGACAGGCUUUCACACAACACAAUCAUUCAUGAAUACACCUCCACAUUCACAUUAAACACAAGCACACACAAAUCAUUCAAUCCAUACAAGCAUUCAUAUAAUUGUAGCUAGGGUUUACAAACACCCACGUGAAAGAAGGGACUAAUCCAACAUAGGAGAUGGGAAAACACAAGAGAGAAUAAGGAAAACCAUCAAUGAGAUGCUAGCCUUGCUCCUUCUGUUGAAGAGAUCUUCCUUCGGGGGAGGAAUUCCAAAAUCCUUGCUUGAAGAUGAAACCCUAGCUUCUCCUCUUCUUUGGUUCGUCACUUUCUCACUCUAGAAAUCUGAAGAAGAAGAAGUUUCUCAUACUAGGUCUCUCCCCUUUUUCCCUUCAGCCCAACCUCCAUUAUAUACCCAGAUCGGGCUCAGAUCACCGUCCAGUUCGCGGUCAUUAACUGAAAGCCCGGACCGUGAUCUCAAGUCGAAACGCACUACAUCACUAAGUCCAGUUCACGGGCAAUGGCGUGAUUUCACGGUUUUACGUCCGUGAACUGACUUGUGUCCACUGAAAGCGAUUUGUGCUAUGGAUGCCUGGCUGUUCACGGGUAGCUCCUCCAGUUCACGGUCUUAGUGACCGUGAACACACAACCCAAACCAUGAUAUGCUGCUCCUUCCACCCUUUUACUUGAUUAUUUGCCCUUUCGUCUAACUUUCGCCUCCGGGGUUGGUUCCACCUGCCAAAGUCUGAAAAACACCAAAACAAAGCAAAACCCGGCAUAAAACCAAACCUCCCAGAGUAAAAAUGCUUCAAACGACUAAGCAAAUCGUGGGCUAAAAGUGUACAAAUGAGCCCGAAUCACUCCCCCACACUUAGACAUUUGCUUAUCCCCAAGCAAACCAUUUUCAACCUACGUGAUAUCUCAACCUAACAAGAUAACUUUGGGACAAGUUAAAAGGCACAAACCGGUGAAUUUCAAGGACUAUUGGGCAUCAACACAAGAACCGCCUCAAGCAAUACCGGCAUCCAUCACAAAUGACAUUCGAUUGCAUCAAGAAUGCGAACUGAAUAGUUCUCACCCUGUUCACAAAUCAUUGAAAUUUUCGAUCGGACUACUCACCAACCACAACUAACCAAUCAUAGAACUCAAGUCCAAGGAACAAAAAACGGGGCAACAUAGG